AUGAUGACCAUCUAUUUGAGUCGAUCAUUUCCAAGAUCUAAUUCAAGUUUUUUCUUAUGUAGUGGAAACGCCUUACAAUCUGAAGUUUUACGCUUAAGGGAAGACAUUUUCUUGAUGGAUGCAGGACUUGGGACCCCCAGAAUUUGUAUGCAAGAUGAGCCUACAGGAGUGCCAAUCAACCGAACCACCAGGUUUGAGAAUAAGGUGGGAUCCCUGGAUCUAGUGGCCGGUGAAUCACUGAUCAAAAAGCAUAUUUUGGAGAGAUUCUUCAUCGAUCUAGUGGCCGGUGAAUCGCUGAUCAAAGAGCGAGCAGCCGCCAGGUUUAAUAAAUUGGUGGGAUCCACAGAUCUAGUGGCUGGUGAACCGCUUCUUCUUCUUCCACGAAGAUUCAGAAAAAACCGAGCUUGGAUGAAACUGAACAAGAUUUGGCGAACGAAUACAAAGGUAAAAGGCCUUAUUUGUCGUAAAAUCAAAGGAGGUUAUUCAGUAGCCAUCGCAGGCUUUCUUACUUUUCUGCCUUUCAGGCACUCUCGUAAAAGGAAAUCUUUUCCUCGAUUCACCAUUGAAAGCAUUAACCCCAAAAAGGUGGUUACUGUUAAAAAGGUGGUUACUGUUGUGGUGUUCUAACAGCGGCAGUCAAUGGGUGCCAGAGCUGCUACAAUUGCUCAGCAGGAGUCUUCUUAUCAGUCGCCGGACGCCAAUG